UUUUUAUAUCGGAUAAUGAAUAAUGAUAAUUCAUUAAAGCAGCCAUUAAUUGGCUUUUUUUGUUCGACAAAAAAUUCAUCAUCAUCUAUCCAACAACAACAACAAUUUGAUAAUAAAACAAUUGAUCCAAAAUCAAUUGGUGAUUUUUACAAAGAGAUAAUUACGCAAUCACCAUCACCAUCAUCAUCAUCAAGAUGGAAAACGAAAACGAAAGCAAAAACAAAUUCGAAUCGAAUGCUAAAAUUUUAUUGUGAUGCCUGUAAACAAAACGUACAAUCGAUUAGUAUACAUUCACAUAAUCUUUCUAUUGAACAUCAAUUUCGUUCAAAUCAAUUUAGCGAAAUCGAUACAUCAUAUGCACAAUAUGCACAUUUAAAUCGAUCGGAUAAUCGUGGCUAUCAAUUACUUCGAAAACAAGGUUGGUCUGGUUGUUCAGGUCUUGGUCGUCAAGAACAAGGUCGAAAAUUUCCAUUGAAAACUGUUAAAAAACAAGAUCGAAAAGGUGUUGGUUAUCAACAACAAACUAAUGAUGAAUCGAAAGAAACUUCAACAAACCGACAACAACCGUUAUUCGUGCGUAAAGAUCAAAUUCGACGGCGACAAAAUUAUGAAAGAAGUCUUGAAAUUGAAUUCCGUCGUCAAUUUAUUGACGAUGGUAUCAUUUAAUAUUGUGUAAAUAACAUAAUAAUCAUUUUUUUUUUGUUAAUAAAU